AUGUCCGCCGGCCAAGCCUACAACGAGGAGAAAGGGGGCUCCUCCAGUUUGGGGGAGCCUGAAUAUGGGCACGAUCCGGCCAGCGGAGGGAUCUUCUCCUCGGAUUAUAAAAGACAUGACGAUCUAAAGGAGAUGCUGGACAGUAACAAGGAUUCGCUGAAGCUCGAGGCCAUGAAAAGGAUCGUCGCGAUGAUUGCCCGAGGCAAGAAUGCAUCUGAUCUCUUUCCAGCUGUGGUAAAAAAUGUGGCUUGCAAGAAUAUAGAGGUGAAGAAGCUGGUGUACGUCUAUCUGGUCCGAUACGCAGAAGAACAGCAAGAUUUGGCCUUGCUCUCCAUCUCUACCUUCCAGCGAGGACUCAAGGACCCCAAUCAGCUGAUCCGAGCCAGUGCCCUCCGGGUUCUCUCCAGCAUCCGCGUGCCUAUCAUCGUGCCUAUCAUGAUGCUAGCCAUCAAGGAGGCCGCGUCGGACAUGUCCCCAUACGUGCGCAAAACGGCCGCUCACGCCAUCCCCAAGCUGUACAGCCUUGACUCAGACCAGAAAGACCAAUUAAUUGAGGUCAUUGAGAAACUGCUGGCAGAUAAGACAACUCUGGUGGCCGGCAGUGUGGUGAUGGCCUUCGAGGAGGUCUGUCCCGAGCGCAUUGACCUCAUCCACAAGAACUACCGCAAGCUGUGCAACCUGCUGAUCGAUGUGGAGGAGUGGGGGCAGGUGGUGAUCAUCAACAUGCUGACGCGCUAUGCGCGCACCCAGUUCCUCAGCCCCAAUCAAAACGAGUCUCUUCUAGAAGAGAGUGCUGAAAAGGCUUUCUAUGGCUCUGAAGAGGACGACUCGAAGGACGACAAGGCAGAGCCCACGUCCCUCGUGAAGCGCAAGCCUUAUGUCAUGGAUCCCGACCACCGCCUGCUCCUGCGCAACACCAAGCCCCUGCUGCAGAGCCGCAAUGCCGCCGUAGUGAUGUCUGUCGCCCAGCUCUACUUCCACCUGGCUCCAAAGGCUGAAGUCGGGGUCAUCGCGAAGGCCCUGGUGCGUCUCCUCAGGAGCCACAGCGAAGUGCAGUACGUCGUGCUCCAGAACGUGGCCACCAUGUCGAUUAAGCGCAGGGGAAUGUUCGAACCAUACCUGAAAAGCUUCUACAUCAGGUCAACCGACCCCACCCAGAUCAAGAUCCUCAAGUUGGAAGUUCUGACCAACCUCGCCAAUGAAACCAACAUUUCCACCAUCCUGCGUGAGUUCCAGACCUACAUCCGGAGCAUGGAUAAAGAUUUCGUGGCUGCCACCAUCCAGGCCAUCGGCCGUUGUGCCACCAACAUCGGCAAAGUGCGCGACAGCUGCCUCAACGGGCUUGUCCAGCUGCUGUCCAACCGAGAUGAGCUGGUUGUGGCUGAAUCUGUGGUCGUCAUUAAGAAGCUCCUGCAGAUGCAACCAUCUCAGCACAGUGAGAUCAUCAAGCACAUGGCCAAGCUGAUCGAUAACAUCCAGGUCCCCAUGGCCCGGGCCAGCAUCUUGUGGCUGAUCGGCGAGUACUGUGAGCAUGUACCCAAGAUUGCCCCUGAUGUGCUGCGCAAGAUGGCCAAAUCCUUCACCAGUGAGGAGGACAUUGUGAAACUUCAGGUCAUCAACUUGGCAGCCAAGCUCUACCUAACCAACUCCAAACAGAGCAAGCUGCUCACCCAGUAUGUGCUGAACCUGGCCAAGUACGACCAGAACUACGACAUCCGAGAUCGUGCCCGUUUCAUCCGCCAGCUGAUUGUGCCCACCGAGAAGAGUGGGGCCCUCAGCAAGUACGCCAAGAAGCUUUUCCUGGCGCAGAAACCUGCCCCCAUCUUGGAAUCAUCGUUCAAAGACCGUGACCACUUCCAGCUGGGCUCCCUGUCGCACCUCCUCAAUGCCAAAGCUGUGGGCUACCAAGAGCUCCCCGACUGGCCCAGCGAAGCUCCAGACCCCUCCGUGCGCAAUGUGGAGGAAGAAGCCCUUGGCCCCGUGGAAAGCCAUAUUGGGCUGCUGGGCAAACCGAUAGAGGUCCCAGAAUGGACUAAGUGCACCAGCCGUGAGAAGAGGAAGGAGAAGGUGGAGAAGCCAUUCUAUUCAGAUUCAGAGGGAGAGUCUGGGGCCACGGAAUCUGCCGACAGCGAGCCCGAGACCAUGAGCGGGUCUGAAAGUGACAGUGGCAGCGAGAGCGGUUCUGGUUCUGACAGUGAGGAAGAGGACGAGGACGAUGAAGACGAUGAAGAGAGUGAGGACCAGUUGGAAGAGAAGGAGGAGAAGAAAAAGAGGAGAAAGGAGGCUGCAAGGAAGGGCUCUCUGGAGAGCGCUGGCAGUGAUGAAGAGGAAAGCAGCAAGAAAAAGCAACCACCGCGGAAAGGGAAAGGAGGCUCAGAAUCCUCGUCCGAGGAGGGCAGCCUCUCUGACAGCAGCUCUUCAGAGUCUGACUCUGGCUCCGAAGCAGGGGAAUCUCUUUCGGAGAAGGAGAUGAAGAACAAAAAGUUGCCGCCUACCAGCAAACCUGCACCAAAAGCACUCAAGAAAGGAACAAAGGAGAUUUCCUUGCUCGACCUGGAUGACUUCACUCCGCCUCCCCCACCACCAGUUGCCUCCAGCCCCGUAGUCUCCACCAGCCUCGUGACUGACCUCGAAGGGCUAACCCUGACGGACACCUCUCUAACUGCCUCUAUGAUCAGUCCUGUCUUUGGGACAGUGAAGACUUUCGAGCUGUUGCAUCGCAUGACAGGAGAAGGCCUUUCUGUUGAGUAUUACUUUAGCCGGCAGCCUUUCGCUCCUGACUCCCGCAUGGUGGCGGUACAGUUUCAGAUCUCUAACAACACGGCUGCUGAUGUGAAGAGCAUCCGUGUCCAGGAGCCCAAGCUGCUCUCAGGCAUGCGUGUCCAGGAGUUCAAGGAGAUUGAAUCUCUGGCACCGGGUGAAACCAUCAGUGUGGCCAUGGGCAUAGAUUUUUGUGAUUCCACCCAGGCAGCCAGCUUCCAGUUGUGCACACACACUCGCCAGUUCUAUGUUUCCGUCCAGCCGCCUGUGGGGGAACUCAUGGCUCCCGUAUUCAUGAGCGAGAAUGAGUUCAAGAAAGAGCAAGGGAAGCUAACAGGGAUGAGUGAAAUCACAGAGAAGCUGACUCUGCCGGACAAAUGCCAGAGUGACCAUGUGAUUGUGCAACAAGUAACCACUGCGGCUAACGUUAGCCGUGUGCCCUGUGGCUCAGACAAGGAAUACCGGUUUGCUGCUAAGACAGUUAGCAGCGGAAGUCUCAUCCUCAUCACACUGGAGAAGAAGUCUGGCAAUUCGGCACAGCUGACCAUCAACAGUGAGAAGAUGCUGAUCGGCACCAUGCUGGUGAAGGACAUAAUCCAGGCCUUGACACAGUGACCAGAUGGCUUCUCUGACUCUUGUCGCACCCAUGUUGGACAUCCAUCCCUCUUUCGUGACUCAGCCACCUGUCUCCCUGCACCUCGCUUAUUUGAUUGUGUCUCCUUGUCCCUACAUACAAGUGCGGAUUGUGUCUGAGGUUGUGAGGCAGACAGGAAACCAUUCACAGUCAAAAAUGAGGCGUGGUUUCUCACAUAAAUCAAAGAUGUUAGUGCAGCUAACUGAGAGCAGGGGUAUUCCAGCCUAGAUGGCCUUCACAUGUUUUGGCCUGUAAUUCCCAGCAGCUCCGGCCCUCAUGGACGAUGAUGAGGGAUUGUGGGAGUGGGGUCUAAAUAUCCACAGGGCCCCAUGUGGCCUAAUCCUAAAAUAGAGGGUGUUUGAGGUACUGAAAAUACCUGUGUGACUGUGCUACUCUUGUUGUGCAGUGGGUUCCCCUUCGUCUUUCUCUUCUGUGACUCUAUUUAUUAUGGACAGAGACCAUUCAAUAAAAUUCUUCCUGGAAUUAG